AUGAAAAAUGCGACAAGCUGCUCAAAAAGUACUGGAAAACACAGCGAGCAGAUAGACAUCGUCUCCCCGCAGCGCCUUGUGGCUGUGGCCGUCCCCCUCAGGCAGACAGCUGCCCCUGCUGCCUGCUGGCUGGCCCGGCUUCCAGAAGGGCCAACAGACGUGACCUGGUCGGACAAGCACCCCGCGCAGGCUUCUGAGCGCACGUCCUCGGGCACUCGCCAGCAGCGGGGUGGUCACCAGCUCACAGCCGUCAACACACCUCCAGCCUGUGGGCGCCACCAGAAUCACAUUUCUAGGACCCCACUGCCCACCCCUGCGGCAUUCCCAGAGGCCUCCACCUGCUUCCUCCGUACCAAGCCUCAACUGGAGGGCCAAGCAAUCUGGGGAGGCUUCCUGGAGGAGGCAGGGCCCAAAACUCGUUGGUGCCACGUGGGGACGCUGAGGCUCAGAGAGACAAGGGACAGUCUCAUGAGGAGGGGCGGCCUGCGGGGCGGGGUCUGGGCGUGUCCGGGAGGGGCCGGCCUCCUAAAACCGCGGAGCGCGCACGGCGUGGAUGCGGCGGGCGCCAUGGGGGCGAGGGGCGCGCGCGUGGCCCUGUGCGGCGUCGCGCUGCUCUGCGCGCUGGGCCUGGCCCAGCGGCCCCUCCGGGGGCCGAGCUGCGGCCGCGGCCGCCGUCUGCUCGGGUCAGGGAGCGACGCGCGCUGCUGCUCGUGCGCCCUGGCUGAGGAGGUCUGUCUCGAGCCAGACUGUGAGUGUAUCCAGCCCGAGUUCCACUGUGGAGACCCCCAGUGUAAGAGCUGCAAGUACUACUCCUGUCCACCUGGCCAGGGGGCGCAGCCUGAAGGGAAGUUCAACUUCGGCUUCGAGUGCGUUGACUGUGCUCUGGGGACCUUCUCUGGGGGUCGCGAGGGCCGCUGCAAACCUUGGGCAGACUGUUCCCAGCUGGGGUUCCCCACCCUGUUCCCCGGGAACACGACGCACGAUGCCGUGUGCAGCGCGGGGCUGCCGCCCACCGAGCCGCACAGCCCGCUGACCUUCGUCCUCCUCGGCCUGGCCGUCAGCAUCCUGGCCCUGACCGUGACCCAGCUCAGCCUGCACAUCUGGCAGCUGAGGAGGCAAAGAGUGCGGCCCCCAGAGACCCAGCUGCUCCUAGAGGCCCCGCCCCACCUGCCGCCGCCCCCCCGACCCGAGGACGGCUGCAGCUGCCAGUUCCCCGAGGAGGAGCGGGGCGGACUGUCGGAGAACAAGGGCCGCCUGGAGGACCUGUGGGUGUGA